AGUCCUGCUACAAGACUAGGCCGAGCUCCAAGAUGUGUGUAAAAAUGGCUUUUCAAAGUUAUUUUGAGUUAGUUUUGUUAAAGCUGUACUCCAGUAAGUGAAUUAAAAUGUAGUUGUGCUCGGUCAAUAGUCUGAUCUCCACGUAGCCUAUGGUGGUAUAAAUACAAAGAAUUACUAGUAUUGCCUGGAUUUAUACUCUUUGCAUUUGGCAGCUUAUUUAUACAGUAAUUGAAACAUCUCUUAGCUGUACCUUCCUUUUCCAAGUAACUCUUGACAUUUUUUCUUGCCAGAAGGCAGCAUUGGAAAUACUUAACAGAAAAAUUUAUCCUUGUAUUACUCAGGAUGUUUUCCAGAUCGCACCAAAUGGAAACUGUUGGUGAGAGGAGCAGUACAUGAGCACUGCGGGUGACUUGCAUACAUGCAGACUCAGAUGCUGAAGGCUAAUGUCUGUCCUAUUAUGCAUGGAGAGGUAUUCAGUGUACUGUGGGUUAGAUUUUUACUGCUUCACACAGAGCCAAACUAAAGGCGAACAGAGGAGGCAGAAUUUCAGGUCUGCCCUUCCACCAGUUCUUCCCUGAAUGGGAGUCUGAAAUAGCAGCCCAGGGCUUCAGGAUCCUUGCCAGGCGAUCUCCAUAAACACCAAUCUCCCGUUCCACCUACCUCAUGUGGUUUCAAUUCACGAGGCUGAUCUGGAGCUCACCUCCCAGCUGGCCAGGCAGUGAGGGUGUCUCCAGGCCUUUGCUCCUCCACCCAGCCCUCAGGUUGGCCCCUGGUCGGGGGUGACCUUCUACAGGGCAGUCACCAAACCACUAAUUCUCUCUGGAGCUGCUCGUCCCAAUGAGCCAGUAUGGAGCAGGAGAUCCUCUGCUUGCUUUCUGUUUCUUAGCAAGAUCAGCUGGAGCUCAGCCUUCCACCAUGCCUGUGCCUCCUCCUCCCGCUCCCCCUCCGCCCCCAACACUGGCCUUGGCAAAUACUGAAAAGCCAACCCUAAGCAGGUCAGAACAAGCAGGGCGAAAUGCUCUACUAUCUGAUAUUACCAAAGGAAAAAAGCUAAAGAAGACUGUUACUAAUGACAGAAGUGCUCCAAUUCUAGACAAACCCAAAGGACCUGGUGGAGGUGGUGGUGGCUUUGGUGGAGGCGGCGCUGGCGGCGGCGGGGGUUUUGGUGGUGGCGGCGGCGGUGGUGGCAGCUUUGGUGGUGGUGGACCACCUGGCCUUGGAGGCCUUUUCCAAGCGGGAAUGCCAAAGCUCAGAUCUGCUGCAAGUCGAGAUGCUGACCCCGGGGCCGCCCGCCCGCCCGCGCUGCCGCCCGGCGCCCGCUCUGCCUCCGCCAAGCCCUUCCCGGGGCCGGCCGGCCCGCCGCGCUUCCCGGGGCCGCCGUCGGGGCAGCGGAGCCCGGCCGCCGACCCUCCGAGGAGCCGCCUGCCGCCGCCCCGGCCCGACGCCGGCUCCAAGCCCGACACCGCGCCGCCGCCGGUGCCCAGCACGCCGCGGCCCGGCUCCUCCGGCCCGCACAGCCGCGGCUCGCCGCCGGUGCCGGCCGUCAGCCGCCAGCCCAGCCUCGGGCCCUGCCCGCCGCCCUUCCCGGGCAGCCGCGGCGCGGGGCCCGCCGGCUCCCUGCGGCAGCCCGGCCCGGCGCCCCCCUUCUCGGGCCGGCCGCCGCUGCCGCCCACGCCCGGCCGGCCUGCGGAGGACAAGCCGCCGCCGCCCCCGCCGCCCCCCGCCGGCCACCGGCCGCCCGCCGCCCGGGAGCCCGCCCUGCCGCCGCCGCCGCCGCAGAACAGCAAGCCGCCCGUGCCCGCCUCGCCGCGGCCGCCCCUCGGCGCCCCCGCGCCCCCGCCGCCCCCCAGCAGGCCGGGGCCGCCCCCCGUGCCGCCCGGCCCCGCCGGCGGCGACGAAAUGCCCCGGCUGCCCCAGAGGAACCUGUCCCUGGUGUCCCCCGCCGCACCCGGCACCGCGGGCGGCCGCUCUGGACCCCUGCCACCGCCGCCCAGCGAGAGGCCGCCGCCGCCCGUCAGGGACCCCCCGAGCCGGACAGGCCCCCUCCCUCCACCUCCUCCCAUCAGCAGGAAUGGAAGCACCUCAAGGGCUUUGCCCGCUGCUCCCCAGCUGCCUUCCAGGGCCGGGCUGGAGAACCAGAGAGGUGGAACCCGACCGCCACUUCCCCCUGACCGGCCGGGAUCGGGAGCGCCGCCGCCACCACCACCGCCUUCAUCAGCACUCCGAAAUGGCUUCCAGGAUCCGGGCGAUGAUGAGUGGGAAAGCAGAUUUUCUUUUCAUCCUAUAUCCGAUUUACCACCUCCAGAGCCAUAUGUACCCGUGAACAGAAGUUAUCCCAGUAAAUUAGCAAGAAACGAAAGCAGAGGUGGCUCUGGCCGAAAAGAAAGAGGUGCUCCCCCACUUCCACCUAUACCAAGGUGAAGUGGGUUCUGGCUCAUCUUUGGGCAACAUCUGUUUUACGAGGUUUCCUUCAAGUCAGCUUUCCUGUCCACAUCAUUGGAAAGUUGUCUGUUUUGCUUUAUUUCCACUUUUGGCUUGUCAGCUGGAAUAAACUUCAGUGUCUAUUACAGUUGUAAUAGACACAGCUUAUGAACUAUAGUUGCUCAGAGCUAUGAAUUUUGUUUGCUUAUGCUGCAGGCUGUCAAGAAAGGCAUUUUGUGGACCACGCGCAACAUUCGUGCAUCAUGCUUACCGCGUCCAGCCCUGUCCCCUUGAGAGUUCCACAGAAGGUCUGGCUUUGAAUUUAACAAGAGCUGGAACAAAGCUGUUUCAUUCAUCUGGGGGACAGUGGCUGUAUUAUUUGAAUCAUCAAGUACAAUCUGUUUGCUGUUUAAAAACCAAUUGCCAGGGAAUACCAUGUAGCUGAGAGUCCCCUGGAUCCUGCUUUGCAUGCCUGACCUGGCCCAACUGCUUCUGCAAGCCAUAUUCCUACUACGUGGGGACCGAGAGCUCAUCCUAAGUCUUUUUCGCCUCAGCUUAGCCAAGCAAAUCAUGUUUUAUACAAUAGAUGGCACAUCCUGCCCCAGGGAUGGACUGUGUUUGGCCAUAUUUUUUAUCUGCAGAGAAUCUUCCAAAGAAAAGCACAAAUGAAGAAUUCAUCAGCAUGAAAAUAUCUUCUUUACAACUUUUUCCUCCUUUUGUAAUAGCGUUACGUUUUUAGUCACUUAAUUCUUUCCUGCUUUGAUGUGGACCAACCCACAAUCAUCCGUGUCCUGGAUUAUUGUAAUACCCUCUACCUGAGACUACCCGCAAAGAGUCCUCAGGAAUUAGCCUUAGUGCAAAUGCAACAAUUAUUGUAGUUGUUUCUUCUCUCUGUACAGCAUCGCUAACACCAGUGCUGCACAGACUGCUUUCCAGUUGUUUCUUUGGUACAAUUAAAUGAUGGGUUUUUGACUUUAAAAGCUUCCUGGGGCUUAGGUCACAAGUCUCAGAGAAAUUGUAUUUGACUUGCAUUACAGCAGAGCAGCUGAGGUCAAAAAUGUGCGUAAGUGAAAGCCCUGUGAUGUAGCGAAGGAGGUCUGGGGUUUGUGCACGCAAGUGGGAGCAUGAGCUCCAAAAUUUGCUGUCUGCACUGGUUCAAGAGGUAUGGGAAGAUUUGGCCUUCUGAGUUUACCAUGAAGCCUGUCCUUUCAACCUUUGCUGAAACAAGUCUCAGCAGAGAGCUGCAAGGCUUACGCUAAUAGAAGAAAGUGUAAAGUAUUCUAAUGUUGUGACAAUUGGUUAAGAUGUUUAAUGGCUUUUGAAUUCUGUGGUUGGGAAAAGAGUUCAUUGAGUGAGCGUGUUUUAUAAAUGGAUCUAAAUGCAUGUAAAAUGCCUUUGGAAAUUAGAGGAAGAUUAUAAUUCUGAAUUUGUCAAAUAAUAUCUCUUUUUUAAUUGGACUUCUGAAGGUUAGUCCUGAAAAACUCCUCUGUCUCCUCCUAAGUUUUUUUUCCAGCAUACUCCUUGGGACCCCUACCAAGCCUGGAUCAGCAGCCAUGUUUCACAGGGUAUUGCUAAAAAAAAAAAAAAAAAAAGGAAAGAAAAACUAGUCAUGUGGGUUAAGAAAGUGUUUCUCUAGUGUGGGAGAAAUGAUCUGAAGUAUACACUGAUGCUAGAAUGAGGUCAGUCCUAGAAAAUCCAGGGAAUGUAGCUGAAGAGAGUUUGAACCCCACUGAAGUGUUUGCAUGUGGGGCUUUUUGCCCUGUCAGUGGGCACGGGGCAGGGAGACCCUCCCUGCGCCACCACCUGGACAGUCACCAUGAAGAGCAUGAGGCAGAGCUGGAUUUGGCCAGAUCAACAUUAAUUUGGCCUUUUUGGUAUUUGUUUACAAAAUCUUGUUAGCUGUGAUAGCAUUUGAUUACAAACCAGUUUUUUACAUUUUUGUAUCUAAUGACAUAUUUUAAGUUACUAUUUAUGGUCCUGAACCUGCAAUUCAAUGCGCAGGCGCAGGGAUGUAUCUACAUCUAAUUGCAGGGUCGUGGCUGUAAGAGUUUCUUAAACAGAUCUUAAUGGGACCUCCAUGUGACAGGUGCACCUUGGGAUCAAGGCUAGCUCAGUACUGAAUUUGUAUGUAUUUUAUAGGUGUCACUUAAACGUAUGCACUAUGCAAAGUGCCUGUCUCUUUGGCAUAUUAUUGUGUGAAUAGAAGUCCAAGUAAAAUUUUUAGAAUAAUAACUUAAAGAAUAAAUUAUUGUAUUCAUGUUAUUAAACUGAAGCACUUAUAACUAUGAGGAGCAACAUUCUGAGUUUAAGAAUACAAUAUUUUCAAUACAUUGACCUGCCAAAUCCUUAUUAAUAUCCAAACAGCUAUGCAGCCAAAAAAAAAAAAAAUCCAAAAGCUCUACCAUUUUUUGUAACUUACCUGCUUCCAGCAUGACUAUUUUACUUCAAGUCAAAGAAAAUGCUGCAAUUGUUCUGCCAGCCCUCUGCAUCAUUCAGAAUAUCCUGUAUUUGAUCUUCUGGCACGAUUUGCUGACCAGAAGUUCUGGACCAUUACCAAAGACCUGGCAAAUCAGCUUCAAUCUCACUUUAAAAUAUGUUAUGUAAAAGCCCUCAGUCAACAAGCCAAGAAACCUGAGCUGAUUUUUUUUUAGCACUUCAUUGCUCUAUAGAAACCUCUUCAGAAUGGCUGUUUGUCUUGUAGGUAAAAUGCCUUAAAAAUGCAGAAAGAGGUAUUUUUUCACUGAACAACAACAUGACUAUUUAUAUCUUUUGCAGUAAAAUUCCCUAGAUAUAUUCCAGAACAAUGCAGCAUUUUACCUGCAAUGUAUUGCUUCACAUAUCAGUAGCUACUUACCAUAUGAUCAGUAUUAAAGUAUUUAUUAUGAAGUCUUAAAAAGAGAAGAAUACAAAACAGGUUGAUCCAGUGGUGCCUUAUGACUUUUAGUCAACUUUUCUGUCUCACUAGAAAAAUUACUAGGCGUUGUUGUUCUUCCACAUCCUGAUGUAAAUAGUGCUGAUAGUAGCAUUACACAGAGUUUGAGCCAAGUCCUGCUGUUGUAAUGCGCUCAGUCUGCUAACUCCUGAUUGAGCUAAAUGUGGGGAGAGACUAUUAGAUCAGUGCUUAGGUGAGAUGUAAGUGGGUACUGGUUAUACAAUACACAAUCCAUUGUUGGUAUUGCUCUGGAAACCUACCCCUCUCCCAAAACCAGUGUCUCACACCGCUGUCUGUACAGCCCAGCUGCCUUCAGCGUGGUUGCAGAGGUUAUUAAAGGACUGAAUUUGAUUCACUGCUUGCAUAUGAGAUUUACUGGUUUUGUUUUAAUGGCAUUGUCUUGUGAACAUUCGUACCUGAAAACUAUCUUUUUGUGUCAUCAUUAAGACUUGCAUUGCAUGACAAUGGCCACAGAUGUUCAUUUUUGUUUGACUCAAUGAAGUAAAUAAAAAGGGAAUAACUUUUGUACCAUGUGACAGUAAUUUCUGCUCAAUAUUUUUGUAAGAAAAGCACAUGUUAUGUCUGUUAUGACUUCCUGCACCAGCCGCUGGGAGAAGAGGUCACAGUGAUUCAUGUUCAGAGUUUGUUAAAGGAAACUCAACUUGUGAUUCAGGAAGCAUGUAUUUCUGUAAGUGAACUACUUCUUAAAUAAGGGUGCAAGGUUCUUGUUUAGAAGCUAGCAUUUCCCAACACUAAAAGGAUUGUAAGAAUUAAUUUUUUCUGCAAGACUGAACUACUAGAGAAGUUCCUUAAAUUGUCGCUGAAGGAGCUGGACAGCAAGCAGUGUGUCCUUGCAGCAGCGACUGUUUACAUGGCACUUGUAGAAGCAGGUCUCUGUUGGAGCAGGGGGGGAGGGAAUUAAACUGCUAUUACAUUUCACAUAUGUUGCAAGACAACAUUCUUCUGUGCAGAAGUUUGCAAAUAGGAAGGAUAUUCCAAAGAGUGGAGUUGGAUGAUCAAACCAGGAUUGUUUCAAAUGUCAAAUGUCAAGAGACCUAGAGAGGGGAGGGGGCCCCACACCUGCAGAGCUCUGGGAAGGAGAGUGUUCAGAGAAUAAAAAACAACUGGCUGAAGGUGUGGGUCCAUAUGGGAGAACAAACCAGGAUGCAAACUGUAUGGAAUAGCACAUGGCAGUAUUGCCAACGCUGUUGUCUUGCAGUCCGAUGCAAACAACCUGUUGUGGCGGUACAUUGACUGCAUAUAGUAUAUAUGGUAUCAACUUUCAUCUCUCAAGUUGUGUUCACCAGAAAAUGAGGAGAAUCUCUUGCCUAAGAUACUCAGUAACACAUUUAGUGUAGCUAAUUCAUGGGAAGUUUCUUCGUGUCCACUAGAGAAAGUGGGGAUGGUUUAGCCGGUGAGGUGAAACAGCCUGGGCUAUUCGGUUAAAAUGUAAACCUGAGGCGCUGACAGCCCGGGGAGCGUCCAAGGUACCCAGCCGAAGCAGGACACCCGUAUAUGUCCUUAGUGAGCGUGCAGCAGGUAGGUAGGCUAAAAGAAAAAAAAGGAAACUGCAUGUCUUGAACAAGGGAGUAGCACAAUAGCAUGUUGCCGUUCUGAAGUACGGUCUGUGAUAAAUGCUCUUUAGCAUCAGUCAUACAUGAAGAGGAAGGCACUCCAAAUUUGGACCUCCAAAGCCACACAAGACUAUGAAAGAGAAACAUAACUUCAAACACAGGCUGAGCAGAAAGUACUGUUUUUUAUCAGAUGCUUAAAGUUUGAGCUUUUUAUAAAAUAUUAAUCAAAUUCUGUGAAUAUUUUUCUGCUUAACAUUUAUUUUGUAUGUGAUUUUUUUUUCUCCAUAUUUUUCUGUCCUAUGCCAAAUAAAUUUUACUUUUAUUUAA